AUGGCCCGAGUUAGUGACCACGCUCUUAGCUAUUACUCGCCCUCGCAUCCCUCCUUAUUGGUCGACGCCUCCGGUAUGCAUGUUGAUGAAGAUGGCUUCCUGCAGUCCAGGCAGAGGGCCGGUGGGCCAUAUCUGUGUUCUCUACCGGCAAACCGAGAGCUCCUUGAAGUAGGGUUUAUAUAUAAGCAUACACCGGAAAAUGUUACGAACGUUAGAGAAAAAACGGCCCAGAUUCUGGCCAGCGCAGAAAUUAACUACACCGAAAUCGCCAUCACUGGCCGCCGUUCCCAAGUGGACAGCGAAUCUAGCCCAGUGCUAACGGUUCUUAUUGUUACAAAAGGAGGCUCCCAGCGUGAAAAAUGGCGCGAUGUCACGAAACAGGUCACCCAUGCCAUUUCUGGUGAUCUGCAUGAUGAUUUUUCUGUCGAGCUGAUUGAUGAGAUCCUCCAUCAACAAUUUAACACUUCUCCUGUCUUGAAGACCGACAGCAUCUACUCCGUACGUGAUAAGGUUUGUGGUAGCAUUCUUGAAGAGCUUAAUCUCCCAGAUCCAAGGUGUGUAGGAUGUUACCGGUAUGGACCAAGCAUCAGGAGGGAGGAAAACCCUCCCAUAAUUAUCGUGGGUAUCCGGGAUAAGACAACGAGAAGCUUCCAUGAUGAUAAUAAGAAGGUUCAGGGCAUUCUUGAAUGCUUUGGAGUCACAGAUACAUCAGUCCUUUUCCGCAAGGAGUCAUCCUGA